AUGGGCGACCACGUCCUCUUCUUCUACGGAACCCUAAUGGCCCCUCCCAUCCUCCACCGCGUAAUCCACGGCCACUCCACUCCAGAACCAUGGCAAAAGGCUCUCCUGACAAUCAAACCGGCAAUACUGCAUGGCUAUCGACGUCAUCGCGUCCGGUAUGCGGAUUAUCCGGGUAUUAUACCUACCACACCUUCAUCUUCGUCUGGUGCAGAUGAUGGUGAUGAUACUGCUGCUGGUGAGGCAUCUGUGCUAGGCACAGUAGUGUGGGGAUUAACAGACGGGGACGUGUAUCGAUUGGAUCGGUUCGAGGGGAGUGAGUAUGAGAAGAGGGCGGUUAGGGUGAGGGUUCUAAAUCAUCAGCAGCAGGGUGAGGGUGAGGAUGGUACCGGGGAGAUACAAGCGGUGUUAGGUGCAGCAGCGGAGACAGAGGGCAGCGGUGAGACCAAGGAAGGGGAGGAAGUAGAGGCCGUUACGUAUGUGUGGACUGCUGGAAAGGAGCGGUUAGAGAACGCGGAGUGGGAUUUUGAGGCGUUCAAGAGGGAUAAGAUGGCGUGGUGGGUGCAGGCGGAUGAGAGGGAUUGGUAG